AGUGGGGAGGAAUAGCCACAGUUAGAAACAUAUUGAAGGGAUAGCUACGCUUGUGAAAGUCAAGUCGCAGUUCUCGUUUCUUUUCUACUUAGGAUUUGCCCCAAUUGGCCCAAUAACGCCACAAUUCAGUCUUUUCUGCGCAUGUCAAGGCUUUUGUCCCUCGGCGGACACCGUUGCCAGCCAAAGCUAUGUCUGCGCGCUCGCCACUUUGGUAGGGAGCCGAAUUCUACCUUUUUCACCCGUGCCAUGGCGAGCCGAGGGGCUCGUCAGCGCCUGAAGGGGAGCGGGGGCAGCGGCGGGGACACGGUUUCGGCCGCCGACAAGCUGCGGGAGCUGCUGUGCGGCCGGGAGGCGAGCGGCGCGGAGCCACGGACCGAGUCGUCUGGGAACAAAGCAGGACAAGUCUGGGCACCUGAGGGAUCUACUGCUUUCAAGUGUCUGCUCUCAGCAAGGUUAUGUGCUGCUCUUUUAAGCAACAUCUCUGACUGCGAUGAAACCUUCAACUACUGGGAACCAACACACUACCUCAUCUAUGGGAAGGGGUUUCAGACUUGGGAGUAUUCCCCUGUUUAUGCAAUUCGCUCCUAUGCCUACCUGUUGCUUCAUGCCUGGCCAGCUGCAUUUCAUGCAAGAAUCCUACAAACUAAUAAGAUUCUUGUCUUUUACUUUUUACGAUGUCUCCUGGCUUUUGUGAGCUGUAUCUGUGAACUUUACUUUUACAAGGCUGUGUGCAAGAAGUUUGGGCUGCAUGUGAGUCGGAUGAUGCUGGCCUUCUUGGUUCUUAGCACUGGCAUGUUUUGCUCAUCAUCAGCGCUCCUUCCUAGCAGCUUCUGUAUGUACACCACGCUGGUAGCCAUGACUGGCUGGUAUUUGGACAAGACUUCCAUUGCUGUGCUUGGAGUGGCAGCUGGGGCUAUCUUGGGCUGGCCAUUCAGUGCUGCCCUUGGUUUACCCAUUGCCUUUGAUUUGCUGGUCAUGAAACACAGGUGGAAGAGUUUCUUUCAUUGGUCUCUGGUGGCCCUAAUACUCUUUCUGGUGCCUGUGGUGGUCAUUGACAGCUACUACUACGGGAAGCUGGUGGUGGCACCACUGAACAUUGUUUUGUACAAUGUCUUUACUCUUCAUGGACCUGAUCUUUAUGGUACAGAACCCUGGUAUUUCUAUUUAAUUAACGGAUUUCUUAAUUUUAACGUAGCCUUUGCUUUGGCUCUUCUGGUCCUACCACUGACUUCUUUGAUGGAGUACCUACUGCAGAGGUUUCAUGUUCAGAAUUUAGGCCACCCGUAUUGGCUUACCUUGGCUCCAAUGUAUAUUUGGUUUAUAAUUUUCUUCAUCCAGCCUCACAAAGAGGAGAGAUUUCUUUUCCCUGUGUAUCCACUUAUAUGUCUCUGUGGUGCUGUGGCCCUUUCUGCACUUCAGAAAUGUUACCACUUCGUGUUUCAGCGAUACCGUCUGGAGCAUUACACUGUGACGUCGAACUGGCUGGCGUCAGGAACGCUCUUCCUGUUCGGCCUCCUGUCCUUUUCCCGCUCUGUGGCACUGUUCAAAGGGUAUCACGGGCCCCUUGAUUUGUAUCCAGAAUUUUACCGAAUUGCCACGGACCCAACCAUCCACACUGUCCCAGAAGGCAGGCCUGUGAAUGUCUGUGUAGGGAAGGAGUGGUAUCGAUUUCCCAGUAGCUUCCUUCUGCCUGAUAAUUGGCAGCUUCAGUUCAUUCCAUCAGAGUUCAGGGGCCAGUUACCAAAACCUUUUGCGGAGGGACCACUGGCCACCCGGAUUGUUCCUACUGACAUGAAUGACCAGAACCUGGAGGAGCCAUCCAGAUACAUUGACAUCAGUAAAUGCCAUUAUUUAGUGGAUUUGGACACGAUGAGAGAAACACCCCGGGAGCCAAAAUACUCAUCGAAUAGAGAAGAAUGGAUCAGCUUGGCCUACAGACCAUUCCUUGAUGCUUCUAGAUCUUCAAAGUUGCUGCGGGCAUUCUAUGUCCCCUUCCUGUCAGAUCAGUAUACAGCGUAUGCAAACUACACCAUCCUCAAACCCCGGAAAGCAAAGCAAAUCAGGAAGAAAAGUGGAGGUUAGCAACACGCCUGUGACCCCAAAGGACGGCCGUCCUGUUAACUAGUGAUUGCACUGACAGGACGCCCUCCACAUCAUCAUUUGUAACGUUUGUAAUAAAGGCUGUCUGACACAGGAUUCUAGAAUCUGGGUGCUUUGGGCUGGUCAAAGUAAUUCCCAUUCACGUCUUGCUGUGUCUCUGUUCUGCAUGUGAACUUUUUGCAGCUAGGCAGAAAAAGGCCUUAACGUCUGGUAGGUAUGUUGCUCUACAUCUUACUGUUUUUCUUCUGUUCGAUAUUUACUAGACCGGAGAAGAGCAGAGCCACCUUACAGGAAGAAUUGAAAAUCCCUGAACUGGAUGGUUCCAUUAAACUCUCUCUCCAUACUCUGGCCUGGCAUCUGAGAACUAGCAAGCCUCUUUUGGGCCACACAGGGUCUCCACCAAAGCUGUUUGGCAGCUCUUAGCAGACCUUACUCAAGUCCUAGUGCUGAAAAUGAGCACAGCCUAAUUGCCAACCUACAUGUCCUUUUCCCCUCGUGCAGGACUAAGCUUCUCUAAAGCACUUCACAGGACGAGGACCCUGUCCUGGAGAUAUCUCAGGAAAAAGGCAACCAUUUGAGGAACUGUAAUCUAAUUUCAUUAUGUAGGAUGCCUCUUAUUCUCAGUUUAUUUCCUAUACAACAAACUGUGUUAAGUUUUCGCAUGCUGUUUCUUGAAUUCCAGACUUUUCUGUAUAAAAGCAUCAGCAGAGUAGACCAUAACUGUAUAGGACAUAUUUGGGGAAAAUUAAUUCGAUCACUUGGUAGAUAGGUUUGGAUGACCUCACAUUUUUAAGUAAUGUAUUUUGAGGCUAUUGAUGAAUUCCCGCCCCCCCCCCUUUUUUAAAGAACCCUAGUGGAAAAGGCCACUGUAUAUUUACAGCACGUAUUUUUGAGUCUAUCUAUUGCAAAGCACAUUCUGCAUGGGGCACUUCUAGUCAAAUAGGCAAUGAUAAGGACUUAAUUAAAGUGUAAUGAGUAUAUACUGUUACUUUACAUACAGUAUUUCACUGUUUACAAAGUACUUUCACAUGAUCUCGUUUGGUCCUCACGGUCACAGUGUGAGGCAGACAAGAAAGUGGUUUGGUCCCCAUUUUAUAGAUGAUGAAACAGGCUUUGGGGGGUGGUGGGGAAGGGCAAGUGGCUUGCCCAAGGCCACAAUAAGUAACAGAGCUGGGACUAGAACGUGGGUUCCUGAACUUCUUACCUAAAGCUCUUCCAUACUUCCUCUCUUGAGUCCGAAGACAUUGGAAGACAGAGCGAUGGUGUUGGCUAGAGACCUGACUGAUAAUGUAACUUUCUAUUUUAAGGAAGAAUUUUAUCUGUGUUUCUUUGAGUUCUUCAGAGCCUCCAUUUUGCCUGUGGGUUAGACCAUCACAGCAGUGACCCGUGAUGCGGCCCAGCCUGUGUCUGGAAAGUUGUGCUCAUGUUUGGAAGUCCUGUUCUUUUGCAGCCACACAGAAUCUCCUAUCCGUUUCGUUUCUACAUAAUCAAUCUGGGGUCAUAUUAUAGGUGCCUUAUUUCUGUAAAGGUAAUUAUGUCUAGUAAUCUGCAGAGAGGAUGAAGAGAUUUUUCAGAGCUUUCAUCUUUCAUUCUGCAAAGAGAAGGGCUUUUCAACAGGAACUGAUCCCAAGAGAAGAGAAAGGAAGUCACAGGGAAAGAAAUGGCUAGUCAACAUACAAAAAGUCUCCUCCUCGUCAGGAUCCCUCUCAUGGAAUUUCCAGACUGAGGUUGAAGCGCUGGAGAGGAAAUAGGUCUAGAUAGUACAGAACAGUAACUGGAGAGUGAAGAUAAAUUGGGGUUCCACUUGCUGCUUUAAAGAUUUCUGGUAUUUAAUUCUCCAUACUUGGUUACUGCUUUCCAAGGCAAAUAUUGGCACAUGUGGUCUGACUACAGGGUAGAGAAUUUGCAGUGAAAUGUCUUGCCACACCUGCAGUAACCAUGUGCUGUCUUUCACAGUGGCUAAAGCCUUCUACUUUUUGCAGGAAAGUAAGAGUCCCAUAAUGGAGGUCCAUGGUGAGUAGCUUUUUUCCUAAUCAAAGUGAUACAAUGAUGGUCUCUUUUCUCACCUUGCAUGUUUAAAAAAAAAAAAAUCUUUCUGAGUGAGGACUUACUGUAAUAGAGCACAAAAAAAGGGUCAUGAUUGAUCAAGGGAUUCCUUGGGGAUAUCUGCUCCUAUCCCUUUUAAAACCUGGUUUUGGUUUCGUCUGUUCUAGGUACAUCUUUAGUGAGAGCACAAUACAUUGUGGAACACUGUGCCAAAUGCUGUGGGUAAGGGAUGUAAAAACGAAUGUUGUUCAUUUUGAAAAUGAGUAUUUUUCAUGUGAUGUUAUAUAAACACAUUUUUGAAAAGUCUCCAUCUCAGCAAUACAGGGAAGCCAGCUUUGCCUGGGAAAAAGAGUUUCAAAACACCUGGUCAGACAAGUAUUUCUCCUCCAGAGGAUCUGUGUUUAGCAUGAGCUAACUGCUCUGCUCACUUUAAGGAUAAAGUAUCUGAGGUACUUGUCUUUUCACAGAUUGUGGUGUAUUGAGAAAUACGGAGGACUUUGUUUAUUAUUCGUAAUAAACUUUGAUUAUGGAGCUAAAUGAGGGAGUAGGUGUACUUGACCGUUUCAGGGCUUUCUGAUCUCUAAAUUUUAUUUAUUUAUUUUUUAGUAAUCUGUAUGUGGGUCUCGAACUCCCAGCCCCAGCACCAAGAGUCACAUGGUCUUCCCACUGAGCCAGCCAGGCGCUUCCCCCAACCUCUUGAUCUUAAGCAGCUUUAUCUGAACCCCAGAUCUUACGACACUGAGUCCCAUUACUGAACCAGACAGUGUGCUAGGCAUCUAUUCUCAAAGUGUACCUGGCACCUGAGGGCUGUCAUCUGAUAAAACAGAAGACUAGUCAUUUUAAUCUCUUGGGAUAAUCACAGAAAAUGGGAGCCCAUACUCUUUAUUAUUGAAUUGAAGUUUAGAAACAUUGUUUUAAAUCAGGGUGGUUCUUGAUUUCAACCAUUUACUUGGGACAUUUUUGCUGGUUUGGAGUUCUGGGAAAGAACCUUAAAAACUCAUGUGGUUUUGUAGCAUUAUUACAUCUGGAGUGACUGUUUGGUCAAAACACUAGUGGCAAUCGUUUAUUGUGUUUUUGCAUUUCGUGGGAUUUGAAAUAAGAAUUCACUGUGAUUAUGCUGUCUUCUAGCCAGUGUCAGGCACCUCUGCUUUAAUUUGGUUAUUUUUUUCCGAAGAGGGAAAAGAGACACAAUUUAAACUUUGCCUCCACAGCCUAUUAAAGCUCAUGUGUUAAUUCAUUCUUAUGUUACUACAUUAAAUGCCUUGAGUAAAUGGAUAGAUGGACGUAUGCUCAGCUUUAUUCUUUUGCAGCAGAAAGAUGAGAUUUCAGAUGCCCUCUGGUGUUUUGGUAAAUCUAAAUGAAUGUUGCUUUUAAUUUUUCCAGUACAUACAUUACCAUGUAAUUCAUGCUGCACAUGAAAUCAGGAAGCAGUACAGUGUUGAUGCAAGAGUCUUGUCCAGUUCAUUUGUCUUCCUGAUCCCUGUACUUUAUUCCACGUGUCACUAUUUAUAUCACGUACGUGUGUUUUCUGUAAAAGAAAAAGUUAAAUAAAUCUUGGCAAUUUGA